AAAUAUUGAUCUGUUAUUCAUGAACCAAAUUCAUGUCUCCUGUUCUUAGUGAAAUCCUUCGUUCCGGUUAUAUAAUCAGUUCUUCACUUAGACGCAGAACCCAUCUUGUUCAAUCUUUCUCUGUUUGUUUCCUCUACUGGUUCUACGUUUUCUCAGAAAUCAUCACUUCCCCAUAAUUAUCUAUAUAGUUAAUUAUAUCUA